AAAAUGGCUGAUAAUUUGGAUGAAUUUAUUGAAGAACGAAAAGCCAAGUUGGCCAAAGACAAAGCAGAUUUGGAAAGUGAUCCACCUUACAUGGAAAUGAAGGGGAAAGCAUCCGAGAAACUUUCUGAAAACAGUAAGAUAUUAAUCUCCAUGGCAAAGGAAAACAUCCCGCCAAACAGCCAGCAUACCAAGGGCUCCUGGGGAAUUGAUUAUGGACUAAGUUUACCACUUGGGGAAGACUAUGAACGGAAGAAACAUAAACUAAAAGAAGAAUUGCGGCAAGAUUACAGACGCUAUCUUACUCAGGGUAUCACACAAGCAAAAAGAAAGAAAAAUUUUCUGUCUACGGGUGAAACAGAUCCAUCUACUCUGGGAGUUUCUCUUCCUAUUGGUGAAAGGUUAUCUGCCAAGGAAAGAUUGAAACUUGAACGUAACAAAGAAUACAAUCAAUUUCUCAGGGGUAAAGAAGAAUCCAGUGAAAAGUUCAGACAGGUAGAAGAGAGAACUGAGCCUAAGGGUGAAAGAAAUAAAAAAUCUACCUAUGAAGUUAAGCCUGAUUUAUCUUCACAAAUAUCAGCAUCUCACAAAAAUCCAGAAGGUCCUAGGAGAGAUAUCUUAAGUCCUUCAGAGGCAUAUGAAGAGCUUCUAAACCAAAGACGACUCGAGGAGGACGCCUAUCGACAACUUGAUGAGGAAAUUGAAUUAAAAAAUAGGAGACUUAUUAAAAAAACUAAUGAAGACGUGGGCGUUUUCAAUAAAAAACAUCCGCGGUUUGUCAACAAGGUUGACUUUCCAGAUAGAAGAUUUCGCAGGUUUAAUGAAGAAAAUAUUUUUGAUAGACAAUAUUAUAGACCAGAGCAUGAUCCUGAAGUAAGUGAAGAAAUGGACGAGAAGUUUAGAUAUGAGAGUGAUUUUGAUAGAAGACCUUUGAGAGUAUAUGCAAAUGACAGGAUAUAUGGAAACAGACGAGGGAAUGUGCCUCCUGUGGAGAAUGAUGGUGAUUCCACAGAACUGUCAAAUGUACGAUUCUUGUCUGCUGGAAAUAACAGCACUCGAGACAAUGUUCCCAAUGAAAGAUCCAGAUCUGCCAGUACUCGCCAUAUCUCUAGUCCUUUUGCAGGGAUGAUCUUUGGAGGUGAAGAUAGAGAACUUAUUCAGCAGAGGAAAGAGAAGUACAGACAAGAACUAUUGCAACAAAUGGCAGAGCAACAGAGGAACAAGAGACGGGAAAAAGAUUUAGACCUCAGUGUUGCAGCUUCUGGUGUACAAGACCCUGAGAAGUCGCCUGAUAGAUUAAAGCAGUUUAGUAUGACUUCAAGAAACCUUGAAGAUAUGAUACCACCUGAAAGAGCCAGAGUAGCUUUCCAGACACCUCUCCCUCCUUUAUCUACCUCAUCUGUCCCACCAGUCCCUUCAGUUCACUCUGCCCCAGCACAAGACGAAGAUUUGCAUAUUGGACUCUACAGCACACUUGGUGAAAUGGUGCCUCCCAGGAUUGCACCUCUGCCUCCACCUCCCUUACUACCACCUUUGACUACAAACUAUCGAACUCCUUAUGAUGAUGCUUAUUAUUUUUAUGGGGCCAGGAAUCCUUUGGAUCCCAGUCUUGCUUAUUAUGGUCCCGGGGUCCUGGGAGUACCGCCUGCAGCUUACGUCAGUGCUCCUGUCACUCAGCAGCCGCCACAACCGGUUGUGAAUAUGGUUGGCCAGAAUGAACUGAAAACUACAAGUGACCGAAUAGUACAUUCGGGAUUACUUUUUGAAGAUAAGCCAAAGCCUUCAAAGCAGUCACUUCAGUCUUACCAAGAAGCUUUGCAACAACAGAUUCGGGAAAGAGAAGAGAGAAGGAAGAAAGAACGUGAAGAAAAAGAAGAAUAUGAAGCUAAAUUAGAUGCUGAAAUGAGAAGUUAUAACCCCUGGGGGAGAGGUGGUGGCGGCGCACCACUCAGGGAUGCCAAAGGAAAUUUGAUAACUGAUUUGAAUAGGAUGCACAGACAAAACAUAGAUGCCUACCAUAACCCAGAUGCAAGACCCCAUGAAGAUAAAAGGGCUGUGGUAUCUCUAGAGCAAAACUUAGCCACUUCAAAUGCUGAGACCCUAGAGGAUUCUGCAAAUAAAAACUCAGGUUAUAUGCAAACACAGAGCUCUCCUUUUGCUCGAGGAAAUAUAUUUGGUGAGCCUCCAACUGAACUUCAGAUUAAACAGCAAGAAUUAUAUAAGAAUUUUCUUCGUUUUCAGAUAGAAGAAAAAAAGCAAAGGGAGGAAGCUGAGCGUUUGAGGCUGAGAAUUGCAGAAGAAAAAGAAGAAAAACGGCUUUCAGAACAGCGGGCACGGAUUCAGCAAGAAUAUGAAGAGGAGCAGGAGAAGAAGAGAGAGAAAGAGGAGGAGCAAAGGCUGAAAAAUGAAGAAUUGAUUCGGUUAGCUGAAGAAAGACGAAAAGAAGCAGAAAGGAAAAAGAAAGAAGAAGAAGAAAAGCACAACCUGCAACUGCAGAACUACUAUGAUCGAGAAAAUACGACCGGAGAAGAAACAAAGCACGUGAGACAGCCUUCUCCUGUAGUUCCUGCUCUUCAGAAUAAAAUGGGUAGCAGACUGCAAAGACCUCCAUCUGUUGACAGCAUCAUAAAUUCCUUUCUUCGUGAAAGUUCCAUGUCCAGGGCCCAGUCUCCUCCAGUACCUGCCAGGAAAAAUCAGCUCCGUGCAGAAGAGGAGAAAAAAAAUGUAAUUAUGGAGUUAUCAGAAAUGAGAAAACAGCUUCGUAGUGAAGAGAGGCGUCUACAAGGGCGAUUGUUAAACCUGGACAGUGAUGAUGACACUCAUAUAAGGAAAAGAGAAAGGAACCCCAUGGAUGUGUUUGACAUGGCCAGACAUCGGCUACAAGCUCCUGUCAGACGGCCCUCCCCAAGGGGCCUGGACCCCACCACUUUUCAGAAUAUUCAUGACUUUAAUGAGCUGAAAGAUAAAGAUUCAGAAACAAGAGUUGAUCUGAAAUAUAUGUACCCAGAUCCCCCAAGAGAUCACUAUACCCUGGAGAUUCAACAGCAAGCUCUCCUAAGAGAACAGCAGAGGAAGUUAAAUAGAAUAAGAAUGCAGGAAGCUGCCAACGUUGACUUGGAUGUCAUUCCAAACAUGAAAACUCGAGACCACAGAAUGCCCAGAAAUGACCCUCCUGAUUUCUUGAAAAAUUCAUUAUUGGAAUCUGACAGUGCUUUUAUUGGAGCUUAUGGAGAAACAUACCCCGCCAUCGAAGAUGACGCCCCACUUCCACCAUCUCGGUUGCCCUCUGCGAGGGAGCGCAGAAGGAACAAAUUGAAAGGACUGGAUGUGGAUACUGCUCGCCCUAAUGUACCACCAGAUGGUCUCUCUUUAAACUCUGUAUCCAGUGUGAACAUUGACGAGCUUAGAGCAAGAAAUGAGGACCGAAUGCGAAGACUGAAUGAACUCCAGAGUAAACCUGUUAAUCCAGAUGACGAGAGCUCAUUGGUUGACCUUGAUGACAUCGUGAAGCCAGGGGGUGAUGAUGGGACAAGUUCUGUAGCCACUGAGCCCUGGCUCCGCCCCGGCACCUCAGAAACACUUAAGCGCUUCAUGGCCGAGCAGCUGGAUGAGGUGCGGCCACGGGCUCCUGGACACACUGUCCCCUGGCAGGGCCUGUCCACCGCACAUGGCUAA